GCAAAUUGCCUGGCUGGCUGUGUUGGCUGGGAGGGCCGAAAGAUUGAGAUAAGGGUUUAUGAUUAGCGGUAAGCGACAGAACUAAGACAAGAAGCACAAAACCCACACAGCUGGUUCUUUCUGUCCCUGACUCUUCUAGGCUCCUGCUAUUGUUGUUGUUGCUGAUGGGAUGUUUGUCAGCCGGUUGAGACUCUGUUGUUCAAGUGUGGACGGACGCCCUGCUCUCGGUGGGGACCCCUUUCACUUCCCUUGAGAGCGGACAUGGUGGGUUUGCUUGAGAGAGCUGGGCAGGGCAAACCUUGAGCAGGAAGAAGCAGGAGGUGCCAGGCUGCAGGCAGCCAGGAUCUGGAGCAAGACAAGGAAGGGAGCCAGCAAAAGAGGAGACGCAAGAUACAUGUUGGCGCAGCCCAACAGGAGCCCAUCCUCUCUGGAACUUUUACAACAAUUGGCAAAUCUCUCCUUCCUCUCUCUCCCCCAUCCCCAAGGGAAAAAAGAUAUCCCCCUCAAAAUCAGAUGCAUCCGUGGGGCUAGAAUGAUGAUCCCUGUUGUUGCAGCUCUGGCAGACUGGGAGGGAGUCUGACCUUUGUGUCCAAGGGAAACAGACUGAAGAAGAGGGGUAGGCAGGGGAUCCCCCUGUUCCCCUGUAUUGAUGCUCUGUUUGGCUCCCUGUAAAAGCCAGCAGUCCUUCUGUAGCAUCCCUUUUUUUCUCUCCCUCCUCUCUGGACACGCUAUGUGCUACUCUUGGAGCCCUUGUCCUUGUCGGCCUGUUUAAGAGACGGGCCCCAUCCCUUCCCUAGAAAACCUUGCAGAAGACAGAAGAGCAGUGCCAUGGCUUCAAAAAAGCAUCACAAAGUUCCCAGUAUUCCUGAAACAGUCAUAGAAGAUCAUUUAGAUGACGAUGCCUUCCUGCCCGAUGAUGAUGAUGCCAGUAGCUCUCAGGUUCCAGGUCCCCAGGAUACUUCCCCAAAGUCACCCAACUCUCCAGUCCUCUUUCCUGUCCAGUCUCCCACCUGCUUCAUCAAGCUAAGGACAAUCAAGAACCUCGAGGAUUUUCCUCGGAGAAGAAGAUGUCAUUCACGCUUCGAGGUGGAGAAUGGCCCAUCACCGGGACGCAGUCCGCUGGAUUCCCAGGCCAGCCCAGGUCUGGUGCUUCACCCCAGCUUCCCACAGAGCCAGCGACGAGAGUCUUUCCUGUACCGUUCGGACAGUGACUAUGACAUGUCGCCGAAGACCAUGUCCCGCAACUCCUCUGUUGCCAGCGAAGCACAUGCUGAAGACCUGAUAGUGACACCUUUUGCCCAGGUCCUGGCGAGUCUGAGGAGCGUACGUAACAAUUUCUCCAUCUUGGCAAAUGUGCCUACACCAACAUCUAAUAAGAGGUCACCCAGCCAGCCAACUGUUUGUAAAGCCACACUUUCAGAGGAGACGUACCAGCAACUGGCCAGAGAAACCUUGGAAGAGCUAGACUGGUGCCUUGACCAGCUGGAAACCAUUCAGACCUACCGCUCUGUCAGUGAGAUGGCUUCCAACAAGUUCAAAAGAAUGCUGAACCGUGAAUUAACCCAUCUUUCUGAAAUGAGCCGUUCUGGAAACCAGGUCUCUGAAUACAUUUCCAACACCUUCCUAGACAAGCAGAAUGAUGUGGAAAUCCCAUCCCCAACACAGAAAGAGCGGGAGAAGAAGAAGCGGCAGCAACCCAUGUGCCAGAUCAGCGGGGUCAAGAAACUCAUGCACAGUUCCAGCCUGACCAAUUCCAGCAUCCCCCGCUUUGGGAUCAAAACAGACCAGGAAGAGCAGCUCAGUAAGGAACUGGAAUACCUAAACAAAUGGGGCCUUAACAUUUUCCGGGUUGCCGAAUACUCCAACAAUCGGUCACUUAGCUGCAUCAUAUAUACAAUAUUCCAGGAAAGAGACCUGCUGAAAACUUUCAAGAUCCCAGUGGACACGCUAGUCACUUACAUCAUGACGCUAGAAGACCACUACCAUGCCGACGUGGCCUACCACAAUAGCCUCCACGCGGCUGACGUCACACAGUCCACACACGUCCUCCUGUCUACACCAGCUUUGGAUGCUGUCUUCACUGACCUGGAGAUCCUAGCUGCAAUAUUUGCUGCUGCCAUUCAUGAUGUGGACCAUCCUGGCGUCUCCAACCAGUUCUUGAUCAACACCAAUUCAGAACUGGCGCUGAUGUACAACGAUGAGUCUGUACUGGAGAACCAUCACCUGGCUGUGGGUUUCAAGCUGCUGCAGGAGGAGAACUGCGACAUUUUCCAGAACCUGACAAAGCGACAGCGGCAGACCUUGCGGAAGAUGGUCAUUGACAUGGUCCUGGCCACUGACAUGUCCAAACAUAUGAGCCUCUUGGCUGACCUGAAGACGAUGGUGGAGACCAAAAAGGUGACCAGCUCUGGAGUUCUGCUACUGGACAACUACACUGACAGAAUACAGGUCCUACGGAACAUGGUUCAUUGUGCAGAUUUGAGCAACCCCACAAAGCCUCUAGAGUUGUAUCGCCAAUGGACAGACCGGAUCAUGGAGGAGUUCUUCAGGCAGGGAGACAAAGAACGGGAACGAGGCAUGGAGAUCAGCCCCAUGUGUGACAAGCACACUGCCUCUGUAGAAAAAUCCCAGGUGGGAUUCAUUGACUACAUCGUGCACCCUCUGUGGGAGACUUGGGCAGACUUGGUCCACCCCGACGCACAAGACAUUUUGGACACCCUCGAGGACAACAGGGACUGGUACCACAGCAUGAUCCCUCAGAGUCCCUCCCCACCUCCAGAGGAUGCAGAGAAGGACGAUGAGGCCUGCCUGGAGAAAUUCCAGUUUGAACUGACCUUGGAGGAGGAGGGCGAGGACUCAGAGCAGUCUGACAAGGACUUCAGUAGCCCCGGCGAUGAGGACAACAGCUACUACACAGCCGCUGAGGAACACCUGCAUGAGUCACUAGAAGUACAGGACAGACUGACGGAUGACACAGUGAAUGACACGUCUCCUGGCACAUCAUGACUGUAGGGAAGGGACAGUGGAGAGGGAGAAAGAAAAGCAAGACCACAUAUGUACACUCAGACAGAAACAGAGACACACACACAAAGACACAUGGAAAGUUUUCACAGGGGAGGGCAGGGAUAAAAAAAAACAAAAAAAAUCAUUUUUUAUUUUUAUUGUAUUUUUUAUAAAAAGAAAACAAAAAAAGCAGGGUGGGGAGUGGGGAAAAUACACACAGCAACUGUAGAACCAGGUUGGCCCCAGCAGAGGGCAACAGCCUUCCGCUGCAGCCACCGGUCUGAGCACUCCAGAAGUAAUUGUACCUUUAUUUUGCUUUUGGUUUAUUUCUUUGUUGUUCUUUGGGUGGUUGUUCUUGGGUUUUUUUAAAAAAAACUAUUUUAUUUUACUAACUUCUGCUUUUAAACAACAAUAACAACAAAAAAGAAACCCCAAAAAACUGGUAAAGCCAGAGACUGAAGGAGGAUGGUGCUGUUGAUGUGAGGCACAUCUGCAGCGCUGGCAAAGGCAAAUCAGGUGGAUACUUUAAAGCCAUUUGUAGUAAAGCAAAGAUACUGCUGGACUUUGAAUCCAGAUGCUAGUUACCUGUGUAAAUCCCUAUGUUCAUAUGGGCUCCCUGGCUCCAGACAUGGCCUCUUGGUUUGAGUCAUUGAUUUGUGCCUUUAUUUCAAAGGUGGUGAAGUCUUGGUCCUACAAUUGUUGUUAAGUGACAACUCCCAUCAUUUUUGACCACUAGCUGUGCUAGCUGGGGCUGAUGGGAGUUGGAGUCCAACCACACUUGGAGAACCUCACGUUUGCCAUUUCCACCCCAAUCACCCACCCUCCCUUUGUCCAUUAUAGUACAACCCUCCUAGCUGGAAAACAGGGUGUUCAAAAAUUAGGAGGAAUAGGGGAAAGGCUGAAUAAUUUUAAACCUAGAAGUAAAUUAUUUUCACAAGUCUAUACAGGCUUAAUUUUAGUACAGACUGAUGAGGAAAAAAGGACCUUGCUUUUUUUGCUCUAUUCUGUUCUUUUUUUGUGAAGGUUU